AUGAAGUUGCCUCUGAUUGCUCUCACUGCCUUAUUGGCAGUGGCUCACGCUGCCCCUGUCUCUAGAGACUCGGCAGUUACUCCGCGAGGCAAUUGGCUAGAUAAAAAUAAGGCAGAGUUGAUUUCUCCCUUCAACAAGGAUGGGGGCUAUUACUUCCCUGUUUACUCUGAUGAUGAGAGGGCCGCAAUUGGGGAAAUCUCCAGCGAUUUUGGCCAAUUCAUAAAUGCCCUGCGUAAAUAUUAUUACAAAAAGGCGGCGACAAAGAAGACUCCCAAGAAGAAGAAGGUUCCUAGGAAGAAGGCUCCUAAGAAGAGACCUGCUCCGACCGCUUCUAUUGAGAAGCCCGCCCCCAUUCGGAAGGAAGCUCCUGAAGAGGUGCCCGUCAAGAGGCCCGCCCCCAUUCAGAAGGAAGCUCCUGAAGAUGUGACCAUCAAGAAUCCUGCCCCCAUUCAGAAGGAAACUCCUGAAGAUGUGACCGUCAAGAAGCCUGCUCCCGCUCAGGAGGAUACCUCUGUCAAGAAGGAUAGCACUGAUACUCCUCCGAAGGACACAUCUACUCCCAAGGACAUCUCUACUCCCAAGGACAUCUCUACUCCCAAGGACAUAACUACUCCCAAGGACACAUCUACUCCCAACACAUCUACUCCCAAGGAUAUCUCUACUCCCAAGGACAUCUCUACCGAGAAGGACACAUCUACUCCCAAGGACACAUCUACCCCCAAGGACAUAUCUACUCCUAAGGACACAUCUACUCCUAAGGACAUAUCUACUCCCAAGGACACAUCUACUCCUAAGGACACAUCUACUCCGAAGGAUAGCACACCUGCUGAGAAGGAUACUUCCCAAAAGGACAGUCCACCCAAAAGUCCUACACCUUAG